UUCUCUCUCACCACUUCACCAGGCAGCAUGAGGAAGCAAAAUUGAAAAUUUUCAAGUGAUAUUCAGACAACAGACAUGAGAAACCAUUGUCUGAGCCUUUGAGGGCUUGUCCAUGAAUUAAACGAGGGCUUCCUAAUGCUAUUCAAAACCACGCCUAUACUUCAUUUUGGGAACGAAAGUAUUGACAAAACCCAACCUUAUCUCCUUGAGAAACCCCUUCUUCGACAGACCUCGAGUCCUCGACCCUCUCCCUCUCUCUUCUUCGACACAACUCUCCCUCCCUCUUCUUGAGAAGCCCCAACCUUAUCUGCUCCACAAACCCCGACUUAUCUUUUCUCUGACAAGCUCCAACAAAAGCUCUCCCUCUUCGACAAACCCCGACCAAAACCAUCUCUGCCUCUAGCUAGGUACGUUAUUCGAUUUGGGAAAUAAGGAAGGGAAGAAAACUUAAUGGGUAGCCUCUGGGAAGUCUCAGAGCACCAAAGAGAGAGAAAGAGAGCGAUUUUUCAUUUCUAGGGUUUACUCUGCGCGAUCAAUCCGAGUUCCAAAGAUGCAGAAGCUAGGGUUUCCGAGCAUGAAGAGCUUGGAUUAGUUCAAGUCCCUUUCCAAAUCGGUCUCAGGAGGACCUCCGAAGACCUUCGCCUACACUUCACAUCCGCCGGAGUCGACCUUGUUGGGAAGCAUGGCGAAUUUGAAGCUCACCGCAGAGAAAUUGGUGAAGGAGAAAGCUUCUGUGAAAACAGAUUUGGAAAUGGCGGUGAAGUGGGGAUGUGAUUUGCAGAGUGAGCAUGAGCGUUAUUUAACUGAAGAGGCAUUUAGUGGAUGCCCAGUAAUUGUCAGGGACUAUCCAAAGGAGAUAAAAGCAUUCUAUAUGCGGCAAAAUGAUGAUGGGAAGACUGUGGUAGCUAUGGAUAUGUUGGUUCCCCGGGUGAUAAGGAGAAAUCAUUUCAUGUGUCCUCUGAAUAGUUUCUUGUUAGAGAGCUUAUCGGUGGAAGCCAGAGAGAAGAGAGGCUUGAAUAUUUUAGAAAACUGGUUGGAUGAAUUAAAGGCUGAAUAAGGAGGCAUACUGGCGGAAAGUGUACACAAAUAUAAAGGAAGAGGACAUGGCAUAUUGAAGUAAUGCUCGGGGAAGAGACGGAUAGUGGGCUCGAGAUUGCUGUCUAUUUUGUACCUUUAUGCAGUCUGCAAAUCUAGAGGAGUUCGAAGAAGAAUUUAAGGGUAUUAACCAAGAAGAGCAGAUCUGCAGACUUCACAAAAUGCUCGCUCCUUAUCUUCUUUCAAGUAUAAAUGUAAAGCUCUAUUAAGCAUAUGUAAAUGUGCACUGUUUCAGAGUAUGUAAAUGUUCAACGUUUCUUAAGACUGAAUGUGAAAUUUAGCAAGCAAACAAACCCGCAGCAUUGCGCGGGCUAUCUCGCUAGUAAUAGCUAUUUAUUAUGAGAAAAUUACUGUUUGUUUGGUCAA